ACCACCUCGACUCUCUUCUUCCUCCCUCUCCCUUUCUCGCGAGGAUUGGGCUGUGUGGGUUUUAAUCGCGACGGAUUAGUUUAGCUCUAAUCCGGCGGGGGCUUUGGUGGAUUGAGCGGCGUCCCCGUGGGAAUUUCCAUAUCCGAUCGGAAUGGGACCAGAGAAAUUGAAGUCUAAGCCAAAUCGUGAUCUUGCCGGGAAUGGAUGACAAGAAUCAUGCAGUCGUCUGCUAGAACUAACAUUGUGAUGUGCACCUUUUAGUCAAUCGAGAAGUAAUUGGUCUGUGAUCAGCGCUUGCAUUGUCACCAUGGGAAGUGCUUGCUCUAGGAAGAGAGGCCAGCUGCUGGUUGAUGAGGAAGAUCUGUACAGCGCGAGGUUCUCCAAGAGCAGCAGCUUUAAGUGGCUGCUGCACACGUUGCCUCGCAGUGGCUCAGACGUGCACCGGCAGGUGCAGGGGCCAGGACCGGGUAGGUGCCCGUCGCUAAUGGAGCUUUGUGUGGCCAAAGUCCGCGAGGAUAUCGGAAGGUAUUCUGAUUUCUCACUGUUGCCUAGAGAUCUCAGUCAGCAGGUAUUCAAUGAACUGGUGGAGUGGAACAUCCUCACCGAGGAGUUGCUUGGAGCUUUUCGCGAUUGUGCAUUGCAGGACAUUUGUCUAGGAGACUACCCUGAAGUGAGGGAUGCUUGGAUGGAAGUAGUGGCUUCUCAAGGACAAUCAUUGUUAUCUGUUGACAUCUCUUGCUCUGAUGUGACCGAUAGUGGACUGAAUCAACUCAAGGAUUGCAUCAACUUGCAAAGUUUGACAUGCAAUUACUGUGACCGGAUAUCGGAGCAUGGGCUUAAAACAUUGUCAGGCCUCUCAAACGUGACAUCACUGAGCUUUAAGAAAUGUGCUGCUGUUACUGCUGAAGGAGUUAAAGCCUUUGCAAAUAUGGUUAAUUUGGGUAACUUGGACCUUGAACGAUGUCCGAAGAUUCAUGGCGGACUUGUUCAUUUAAAAGGCUUGCAAAAACUGGAAAAGCUAAAUUUGAGGUAUUGUAAUGGCAUCACAGAUUCUGAUAUGAAACAUUUAUCAGAUCUUACAAAUUUGAGAGAUCUGCAACUUUCUUGCUGCAAGAUAAGUGAUCUUGGUGUUUCUUAUCUAAGAGGUCUAUCCAAGCUAGCUCACCUAAACCUAGAGGGCUGUGCAGUAACUGCUGCUUGUUUGGAGGUUAUUUCAGGAUUGGCUUCUUUGGUAUUGUUGAAUCUUAGUAGAUGUGGAAUAUAUGAUGAAGGCUGUGAGCACUUGGAAGGUCUUGUCAAAUUGAAGGUUCUCAAUUUAGGGUUCAACUAUAUUACAGAUGCCUGCUUGGUUCAUCUAAAAGAAUUGAUCAAUUUGGAGUGUUUGAACCUGGACUCAUGCAAGAUUGGUGAUGAGGGGCUAAGACACUUGAAAGGACUACUGCAGCUAAGAAGCUUGGAACUUUCAGACACGGAAGUUGGGAGCAAUGGUCUUCGUCAUCUCUCUGGUCUAUGGAAUUUGCAGAGCAUCAAUCUCUCUUUUACGUUGGUUAUGGACACUGGCCUGAAGAAAAUUUCUGGCUUGAAUUCACUCCGAUCCCUUAAUCUUGAUAAUCGCCAAAUCACAGAUAAUGGCUUGGCAGCUCUUACAUGUCUCACUGGGUUGACACACCUUGAUCUGUUUGGAGCUCGUAUAACUGAUGCAGGCACAAACUGCUUGAAAUAUUUCAAGAAUCUACAGUCCCUUGAGGUCUGUGGUGGGUAUAUUACAGAUGCUGGAGUGAAGAAUAUCAAGGACCUCAAAGCUCUGACGCUGCUUAACCUAUCUCAAAAUGGCAGCCUCACUGACAAAUCCUUAGAGCUGAUCUCCGGCCUCACUGCCUUGGUCUCGCUGAACGUGUCGAACUCUCGGGUGUCAAAUUCCGGACUCCACCACCUGAAGCCUCUCCAGAACCUAAGGUCCCUGUCCCUGGAGUCCUGCAAGGUGACCGCGAUUGAGAUCAAGAAGCUUCAAUUGGCUGCCCUCCCCAAUCUCGUCAGCGUGCGGCCGGAGUAAUCUGGUAGCUGCUGCUAUAUCCGCAUGUAAAUAACCACCUGCUUAGAGCAGGACAAAUGUAUAUAGUACCACAAGAACCCGUUCGAGUGAUCUGUACGUCAGUCCUGCUUGUACCGGUGUGUCUGGUCAGUAGUCGCCCAAGUACUGAAAGGUCUCAUGGAAUGGCCAAGUGGUGAAAAGGUUGACACUUGGACACAUAUUCAGGCUGUGUAAAUAUGUAGCAGUGCUGAUGGGAAGGAACAACUGUAAAUAUGUCGUGCUUCCUCUGCAUUUGGGACGCGCUAUGUAAUGGUUCGUGUAGUAUUGUUUUUUUUUUAACUCAUCCACUUUAUUUAGUAAGGAAGGAAGAGUACACAUGUCAUGAGUAGUACUCGACACCGAGGAUUGAACUGCAUGCAAAGGGGGCCUUUGAAGAUGGCCAAAUCAACCUAAGCCCAGGAUUUGCGACAAAGGAUUUUAGAAGAUCCAAAAAAAAA